AUGUGGUACUGUGGCCUCCCCGGCUCAGUGCCCCUCUGCAGUGAUGCUCCCCUCAUUAAGGUCCCUCUCCUCUUCCCUCUGCCCCCCAGGGAGCAGCCGAUCUACACCACAAGGGCCCAUGUCUUCCAGAUCGACCCAACCACAAAGAAGAACUGGGUCCCUGCCAGCAAGCAGGCCGUCACCGUCUCCUACUUUUACGACAGCACACGCAACAGCUACCGCAUCAUCAGUGUGGAUGGAUCCAAGGUGAUCAUUAACAGUACCAUCACACCCAACAUGACGUUCACCAAGACAUCGCAGAAGUUUGGCCAGUGGGCGGACAGCAGGGCCAACACUGUGUUCGGACUGGGCUUCGCUUCAGAGCAGCAACUGGCCAAGUUUUCUGAGAAGUUCCAGGAGGUAAAAGAAGCAGCCAAGCUGGCGAGGGACAAAUCUCAAGACAAGGGUGAGACGUUGAGUAAUCACUCCCAGGAGGAGUCUGGACGUGAUACACCCUCGAGCAACCGGGCAUCCAGCAUUAACGGGACGGAUGAUGAGAAGUUCUUGCACGUUGAUCCAGAGGAGGCUGUGCUGCAGACUGAGAACGAACACCUCAAGAGUGCCAUAGAACAAAGCAACACCAGCGCCAAGAAAUGGGAAACAGAGCUGCAGACUUUAAGAGAAAAUAAUGCCAGGCUGGUGGACGCUCUGCAGGAGUCCUCUGCUAAUGUAGAAAGCUGGAAGAAACAACUUGGUGCCUGCAAGGAGGAGAGUGACACGCUCAGGGAAAAGAUUGCAGAACUAGAAGCUCAGUGUAAUGAAGCCAACCAGGAGAAGCAGAGGAACGUUCAGCUGUCGGUCCGAGUGCAGGAGCUGGAGGCCGAGCUGCACGACAAAGAGCAGGAACUGGAGAACCUGAGGAAGCAGGCAGAGAUAAUCCCACAGCUCAUGGCGGAGUGCGAGAGCAUCACCACAAAACUGCAGACUGCCGAGUCCAGGAACAAGGAGCUGGAGGGGAGGGUAGAUGGUCUUCAGCUGGACAUAGACGACAGUCAGCAAAAGCAGGUCAACAUGAAGGGCGAGCUGAAGAAGUUCAUGGAUAUGCUGGAUGGAAAAAUAGACGAGCUGCAUGAGUUCAGGCAGGGGCUCUCCAAGCUAGGCGUUGAUAACUGAGUAAAGUGGCACUGAGCUGAAAGGGUCAGAGGUCAGGUACCAAGGAUUCACUACAGUGUGUCUUCAGGGCAGGAACUAUGUGGCACCCUCUCCCCCAAGGUGAUGUCCACUCAGAUUCUAUCAGCUUUGGCUUCUAAUAAACACUACCAUGUGAGAAAGAGAUGUUUUCGGAGAGGGAGAGAGGGACUGGCAGGAGGGAGGCCAGCAUGCUCCACCAAAUGGCUCCAUUUUGUGUGCUGGCAUUCUGCAACUAAAUCAAGAGUCACACUUUGAGCUUACUCUUCCGUUUCUGUGGGGGGGGGGGGGGACUGCUUCACAAAGCUGGUGGUGGGUUCUUAGGUUCUGUCCAUCUGUCUUUUUUCUGAAGGCUGCACAGGCAGUCUGAACUUUAGAGUGGAAGAGGAGACUCAAAGGGCUUUAAUGAAUAACACACAAUGACAACGCUGUUCAGCAUCACUCAAGUAAUAAUUGGUGUGAAUCCUUGUGGCCCCCUCAGAGAAUUAGGGAUGAAAUAUUUCGUCAAACUGUCCUUGCUGUGGCCGCUCUUCUAUCUCAGGUGUGUUGGGAGACAGUUGGUACUCAUUAGAUUUUAUGCACAUACUUGACAAACGGCCGUGACACAAAGUGCCUCCAGGUGUCUGAAUAUAUCUGGCAAGAAGAACUGGCCAAGUGAUGACCAUCACCAUAAUAACAACUUUAGGAUUUUUGUAAGUAAUAAAAAAGAUAAAAUAAAAUGAGAAAAGCCCGUACCAGGGAAUAUUAAUGGGUGUUAAUGUUGUGAUAAACACAAAGGAUUAAACGGGUAAAGAACCACAUUGAGGAUGGUCAGCAGCAGGAAGUCAUUAACCCACUUAUUGGUGUUUUCAGUAAACACUCCUUUUGUUUAUAUUAACAUAUAGAAGCUCUACCGUCUUAACUUCAGAAACAUCUAAAAUAAAUAUAAAUAGGAACCCCAUUUUCCCAUGAGUGGUGUAAUGUUCAGAGGACUCUGUGUGUGCAAUAGUAGUGUUGUCAUUAUGUGAAACCAAGACGUCUCCCAGGCUGUUGAUGUGUUUCCUACACACAUUAGUUUUUGUUAUGGUGGUGGUUAUUUUUAGGGGACUUGGUGCUGCUCGAUGGGUGGAUAAUGUGAAAGUGUACUUCACUGAAAACAUUUAGAUGGCAUGGGUUUUUUCACUACAAACCCUGUCAGAUUCUUGGUUUUUGUUUUACAUAUUUUUUAUUUAUUUUGGUGCCUCUCUACAACUAGUGUUUCUAGAACAUACCAAGUAAUCAACCUUAACCCGAUGUCUCUAUAGAUGUACCAUAAUAUAUAAAAUAUACCAAACUGUCAAAAGGUUUUAUAAUUGAGGAUUUGUUUGCAAGAUGGUUUCGCAGUUGCUUUUGAGAAAUAUUGAAACAUGGUACAUGUGAAAUCAAAGGCUUAUGUUGAUAUGGCACAUUUACUGGGUUAUACUAUGAUGUUAUAAGUCUAUAUUUUUUCAUCACUGUCUUGAUCUUUGAAGGGAACAUUUGCUUCUCUCUGUUUAACUAUACUGUUCAUAAGUCACCUGAACUUGGAAUACAAAGUUUGAUCCUUCCUUUUGAACCAAUGCCUCUUGUGCAUUUUGUGACUCCUGUUCAAUAUUGUACAAUAGAACUGACAAUUGUUAAAAUUUAGUUUAAAUACAAUGCUGAGUUCAGUGUCUUC